GUAAACGGCCGUGUGAGGAGAGACCGGGCAGAGCCGGGUUUGAGCGUGAGAUUACGAGCGUGGCAAACGUUACAAGCCUUGGCCUCCUAGGAACCGUAUCGUGCUGCACGUUUCUCGCUCUCAAAUCCAGCCUGCUGGAGCCAAGCCCCUGGAGCAGUAUAACCUAGAUCUCCCAGGAAUGCAAAAUGACGCGAAUUCCUUCCCCGUGUGUGCGACUCUCACUAACAGAAGAGGAGCUAAGCUCGCGGUGGCCAGCUUCCUCCGUUUUCGUUGGCAAGAGCACCCAGGGUCACGAAAACAACAAGGAUUCCAGGCUGCUCUGGCUGAACGCCAGCGAUUACGUCCUGUCCGUGGGAUUCAGCCAGAUGAGGGAGCGAGAGGUGAAGCUGUGGGACACGCGGCAGUUCGGCAGCUCGCUCGUCUCCGUCGCGCUGGACACCUCCCCAGGGUAGGAUUGCGGGCGGGACGAGGGGACGGCUGUUGACAGUUACCGGGGUGGAGGGCCAAUGUGGAAGAGGCCGUGGCAGUGCCAGGGGAGGGGCAUGUCAGUGUGGAAGAGGGCGUGGCAAUGCUGGGGGACCGGCGUGUCAAUGCGGAAGAGGGCGUGGCAGUGCCGGGGGAGAAGUGUGUUGCUGUGGAAGAAGGCGUGGCAGUGCCGAGGGAGGGACGUGGCAAUGUGGAAGAGGGGCGUGGCAAUGCCAGGGGAGGGCUGUGGUAGUGUGGAAGAGAGCGUGGCAGUGCCGGGGGAAGGACGUGGCAAUGUGGAAGAGGGCGUGGCAGUGCCGGGAGAGGGGCGUGGCAAUGUGGAAGAGGGCGUGGCAGUGCAGGGGAGGGAUGUGGCACUGUGGAAGAGGGCGUGACAGUGCAAGGGAAGGGCGUGGCACUGUGGAAGAGGGCGUGGCAGUGCAAGGGAGGGGGGUGGAGCUGUGGAAGAGGGCGUGGCAGUGCAAGGGAGGGGCGUGGCACUGUGGAAGAGAGCGUGACAGUGCAAGGGAGGGGCGUGGCACUAUGGAAGAGGGUGUGACAGUGCAAGGGAGGGGCGUGGCACUAUGGAAGAGGGCGUGGCAGUGCAAGGGAGGGCGUGGCACUGGAAGAGGGCAUGACAGUUCAAGGGAGGGGUGUGGCACUAUGGAAGAGUGUGUGGUAGUGCAAGGGAGGGGCGUGGCACUGGGGAAGAGGGUGUGGCAGUGCAAGGGAGGGGCGUGGCACUGUGGAAGAGAGCGUGACAGUGCAAGGGAGGGGCGUGGCACUAUGGAAGAGGGUGUGACAGUGCAAGGGAGGGGCGUGGCACUAUGGAAGAGGGUGUGACAGUGCAAGGGAGGGGCGUGGCACUAUGGAAGAGGGUGUGGCAGUGCAAGGGAGGGGCGUGGCACUGUGGAAGAGAGCGUGGCAGUGCAAGG